UAGACCACACUAGAUGUUAAGUUGGGUAUAGAGUUGAGUCAAGAUAUAGAAAAGAGACAUGUCAAGACACUUUAUACAAAUGGAAGUGAAAGCUUGUGAUCAGCAGCAUGCUUGGGAGUUUGUUGAUCCCCCACCUCAAGAUUAUUACUGUCCAUUAUGUGAGCAAAUUCUGAAAGAGCCGAUGUUAACUGAUUGUUGUGGCAGCCAUUUUUGCACAGCCUGCAUUGACCCCAUUAAAACAGCCCAGAAACCUUGUCCGAAUCCCGAAUGUAGAAAACCCCAAUUCUUAUCGAUUUUAGAUAAACGGACAUGGCGUAAAAUUUUGGAAUUUGACGUGUUAUGUCCUUUGAAAGGAAGGGGAUGUCAUUGGAAAGGGGAGAUGGGUACGAGAGAUAAGCACUUGGAUCCAAAGAACAAGAACAGCUGCGAAUACAUCGAUGUGAAGUGUACCCAUGGUUGCGAAGAAGACAUGGAGAAGUACGAGUUAGCAGAGCACUUGAAUCGAUUCUGCCCCAAGCGUCCCCACAAAUGUGAACAUUGUGAUUUCGAAGAUGUUUUUGACCGUAUUGUCAAGGACCAUAUUCCAGUGUGUCCCAAGUAUCCUCUACCCUGCCAUAACAACUGUGGCAAUGAAGAGAUUCCGAGAUCUGAUUAUGAACAACAUCUGUCCGAAUGUCCUCAUCAAGAUAUUGAAUGUGAAUUCCGAUAUGCCGGGUGUUUGGAAAAAAUUAAACGAAAAGACGUUGCACAACAUCAACAAGAGGGCGUAUAUGUUCACCUCAGUCUACAAACUGCCUUUGCAACUCAUCAACUCACUGAAAGAGACAGAAAAAUAGAAGAGAUGUCUACUACAUGGGAAAACAAACACCAGCACCUGAUUGGAGACAUUGAGAAGCUUUUUCAUAGAUGUGAGGAAGAAUCGAAGGAACGAGAAGAGAAUUCCAAAAGAUUUAAAGUGGAGCUAGCACAAAAAGAUGAAGCAAUUAAACGGCUCAGUGCACAAUUACAUGAGAAAGAGAAGGUGAUCGAAUCUCAAGAAGACUCACAAAGAAAGCUCUUGAUAAAAAUUGAUGAGUUAUCUCAAUCUGUAGAGGUUACCAAAGACACAGUGAGGAAACAAAUAAAGGAAGUCUCUGAUAAAAGCAAUACUAGAGCUGAUGAACGAUUUAAGAAUCUAGGCGAAAGAGUUAAAGCUGUAGAAGAGUCACUGACAGUCUCCAGAUUAGCAAGAAAACAAAACGCAGAUAUUGCAACAGCUACAGUACUAGUACAAGAAGGGAAGUGUCAACCCUUUACACGUAUAUCCCUUGGAAGAGAAGUUCCUUACACUUCAGUUUCAACCUCCCCACAUUUGGCUUCACCCACAAACAUGUCUUCCACUUCAACUGUUCCUGUGUCAUUGAGCCUGGGAAUGCCCCCUCCAGCACCUGCUCAGGCCAUCCCAAGAGGGUACAAAAAUGUACAAAAUGGAAUAGUGCCGUUGCCAAUUUCUGAAAAAGGUCAGGAUAACUCGGGAACCAAGAACAGGAAAGAUGCAUCUCAGACCACUGAAGACUCUGCUGAAUGCCCGAUAUGUCUCUCUGGCUUCAAUGACCCUGUGAUUACCAAGUGUGGCCAUUAUUUUUGUCGAGGCUGCAUCGACGAAGCUCUUCAGCACAGCCCUUAUUGCCCAUCCUGCAAGACUGCCAUCAAGAAAAUCGUUGGAAAUCAGCCCAACGGUGGGAAAAUGACAGUAAAGUAUUCCAAAGGCAAGCUACCAGGAUAUUACGAUUGUGGGACCAUUGAGAUACACUAUGAUAUUCGUGACGGGACUCAAAGCAAGCUCCACCCACAUCCUGGUACGAAGUUCCAGGGUGCCAAAAGGACAGCCUAUCUCCCCGAUAAUCCUGAGGGUAGUGAAGUGCUGCAGCUGCUCAAGAGGGCAUUUGAUGCCCGACUUAUCUUCACAGUGGGCACCUCUAUAACCAGUGGACAGAAUGAUGUGGUGACUUGGAAUGACGUCCACCACAAGACAAACACUCACGGAGGACCGUACGGCUACCCUGACCCCACUUACCUUGCGAGGGUGAAAGCUGACUUGGCUGCCAAAGGCAUUGUAACUUAUGCUUGGGAGUUUGUUGAUCCCCCACCUCAAGAUUAUUACUGUCCAUUAUGUGAACAAAUUCUGAAAGAACCGAUGUUAACCGAGUGUUGUGGCAGCCAUUUUUGCACAGCCUGUAUUGAUCCCAUUAUAACAGCCCAGAAACCUUGUCCGAAUCCCGAAUGUAAAAAAGAACAGUUCAAAGCAAUUUUAGAUAAGCGAUCAUGGCGUAAAAUGUUAAGUGAACUUGACGUGUUGUGUCCAUUGAAAGGAAGGGGAUGUCAUUGGAAAGGGGAGAUGGGUACGAGAGAUAAGCACUUGGAUCCAAAGAACGAGAACAGCUGCGAAUACAUCGAUGUGAAGUGUACCCAUGGUUGCGGAGAAGACAUGGAGAAGUACGAGUUAGCAGAGCACUUGAAUCGAUUCUGCCCCAAGCGUCCCCACAAAUGUGAACAUUGCGAUUUUGAAGAUGUUUUUGACCGUAUUGUCAAAGACCAUCAUCCAGUGUGUCCCAAGUAUCCUCUACCCUGCCAUAACAACUGUGGCAAUGAAGAGAUUCCGAGAUCUGAUUAUGAACAACAUCUGUCCGAAUGUCCUCAUCAAGAUAUUGAAUGUGAAUUCCGAUAUGCCGGGUGUUUGGAAAGAAUUAAACGAAAAGACAUCGCACAACAUCAGCAAGAGGGCGUAUAUGUUCACCUCAGUCUACAAACUGCCUUUGCAACACAUCAACUCACUGAAAGAGACAGAAAAAUAGAAGAGAUGUCUACUACAUGGGAAAACAAACACCAGCACCUCAUUGGAGACAUUGAGAAGCUUUUUCAUAGAUGUGAGGAAGAAUCGAAGGAACGAGAAGAGAAUUCCAAAAGAUUGAAAGUGGAGCUAGCACAAAAAGAUGAAGCAAUUGAACGGCUCAGUGCACAAUUACACGAGAAAGAGAAGGUGAUCGAAGACUUGAAACAAGAGGUUAAAGAUGUGGAGGUCAACGUCUUAAGGUCCCAGCAAGACGGUCACGAUCAGCUGUCCAAAAAGCAUGACGAAUUUUCUGCUGAAGUCGAUAAAACUAUUCAAGAUCAAGCCGAAGAAAUACAAGUUCGAUUUUCAAAAUUUCAAAAAAACACCGAGGCAAAAAUUGAGCAGUUUGUCGCAAAUGAAAUUAUUGAGGAGAACAUUAAGCGACAAGCAAUAGGACUUGAGGCCAAACUUUUAGAAUCUCAAAAAGACUCACAAAAGAAGAUUGAAGAUUUAUCUCGAUCUGUAGAAGUUGCCAAAGAGAUCAAGAACACAGUGAGGAAACAAAUAAAGGAAGUCUCUGAUAAAAGCAAUACUAGAGCUGAUAAACUGAAUGAAAUACUUAAGGUAUUGGACGAAAGAGUGAAAGCAGUAGAACAGUCACUGACAGUCUCCAGAUCAGCAGGAAAACAAAGUUCUGCUGCGUCAAUCAACAAUACCAAAGUAGCCAAUUCUGUUGCAUCUCCAGCUAAGGAAACCAUUGAUAACUCUGUUCAUGCGGCUACUGCGAUGCCUUUGACAACCGUUCCUCAGAGUGUGUAUGACAAUAUGAGUCCUGAUGCCUUGUCCCUUCUUGAAAAGUUACCCAUAGGCCAAAUCGAGGGUGUCUACUACAACCCCAAGGCUGGGAAGGUUCUCAUUGACAAAGAGACUACAGAGAAAGAAGAUGAGAGAAUCGCGAAGUUUGAAACUGCAUACCAGUCGAUUGUGAGUAGAAAAGUGAAGACUAUUGAAGUACCAAUCCCUGCAACUGUGUCUCCCGAUGCUCUGGCUAAUCUCAUUCAUCAGUACAACCAGACCUACGACCAGUGUGUAUUCUCUGUACAAGAAGAGGAAUUUCCCUGUGUAAAGAUUGUCUCAACCACUAACCGACAAUUCGAUCAAGCCAGAACUCUCUUAGCCGAUGAACUUAUUAGCCCUACUCUACUUGCUGUGAACAAGUGUGAAAUCAUUCAGCUUUCUAACGCUAGAACGAAAGCAAACAUUGCUCCUCCAACUGCUAAGGAAACCAUUGGUGUGUCUGUUCUUGCGGCUACUACGAUGCCUUUGACAACCGUUCCUCAGGGUGUGUAUGACAAUAUGUGUCCUAAUGGCUUGGCCCUUCUUGAAAAGUUACCCAUAGGCCAAAUCGAGGGUGUCUACUACAACCCCAAGGCUGGGAAGGUUCUCAUUAACAAGGAGACUACAGAGAAAGAAGACGAGAGAAUCACGAAGUUCCAAACUGCAUACCAGUCGAUUUUGAGUAGAAAAGUAAAGACUAUUGAAGUACCAAUCCCUGCAACUGUGUCUCCCGAUGCUCUGGCUAAUCUCGUUCAUCAGUACAACCAGACCUACGACCGAUGUGUAUUCUCAGUACAAGAAGGGGAAUUUCCCUGCGUGAAGAUCAUCUCAACCUCUUCUCGACAACACGAUCAAGCCAGAACUCUCUUAACAGAGGAACUUGUCAAAAUGGUUCGCCCUAUUCUACCUGCUGUGAGCAAGUGUGAAGUCAUCCAUCUUUCUAAGACUCGAACACUGACACUGAAGAAGGCAAGCAUUGUGGAGGAAGAAGUUGACAUUAUUGUGAAUCCAGCAAACGAGAGAUUGGCUCACGGAGGUGGCGUUGCAGCUGCAUUGGAUAAUGCUAGCCAAGGGCAACUACAAACGUUUUCGGAUCGUUACACUAAAAAAAAAGGCAAAGUACCUGUUGGGAAAAUUGCAAUCACACUCGGAGGGGGGGCAUUGAAGUGUGACAAGGUGAUUCACGCUGUUGGACCUGUCACAAGAUAUGGUGAAGCUGAAUGUGAGCGUCUUUUGACCAAAGUUAUCACUGAGGCUUUGAAGGGUGCAGAAAAAUACAACGCGAGCUCGAUAGCAUUCCCAGCCAUCAGUACUGGGAUUUUUGGAGUGAGGAAAGAGCUUGUUGCACGCUGUCUUGUUGACACUGUUAUGGCAUACCAUCUCACGAAGCCCCACCCUGUUCUCUCUGACAUUCGAAUUGUCAUUAUUGACGAGAAGACAUAUGCACCGUUUGCACGAUAUUUUCAACAGAAGAUGGCUUCCCUAGAGAUUUGCAGUAACAGACACAGGCCUUUGAUACAGCCAGCUAAAUUAAAGGCACCAACAUUCACUCCCACUUCCCUGCCUCCUGUAGCUGACAAAGGGACCCAGCUGGUAGUUCCAGAACCAGCUGCACCUCCAGAUAUGACACUGAGCUGGUUGACAGAUUCUCCUAAAAUUUUGUCUCUCCUGGAGGGCCUGGCUGACAACUGGUACGCUCUUGGAAGUUUGCUAGGGUUCUCAAAACCUGUCUUGGACCGAAUCAACUCCAUACAAGAUGAUCCGAAGGUUUACUUGGACAGGAUUGUUACCAAGUGGCUAAUGAAUGAUGCUACCUCUUCACCUACGGUUUCAGCACUUGUGAAUACGUUGUCUGGAAUUGAAGGAACAGAACAAAUUGUUCAGAGUAUUCUAGAAGAGUACGGAAAGCAGAAUGCCAAGCAGUUUAAACAUCAGACCAGCCAAGAGGAAGCACCAGAUGUAUGUGCCAUCAAGUAUCCAGGACCUAAUGAUAUGCCAAAUACCACAGCUGAGACGUCGAAUGUUUCGUUAGCUGACUCGUCCGGGAAUGGACCAACAGAUAGUCUCACCACUACCACAGCCAGCACCACUCCGAAUACUGGUGCCCCCACCUCACCCUUUGCGGACAACAAAACAGACCAACUGCCCUCUUCAACUAGUGCAUCAAGCAUGUUAGUCAACACCAAUGUAAAUGGAUUGGCUACUCCCACAACACAUCCCCUGCAACCUCCAUUAUCCACGCCACCAGGAUUCACUUCCCAGGUCUCUAUACCCACACCAAGUGGAUACAACCACGGGCAGAUGUUGGGAUAUCCUACAACUCAAGGAGGAAAUGCACAGUUCCCGAUGGCUGGCGGUUUUACCACAACAGCUUCUACCACUGGUGUCAUGGCAACAGGCAUACAGCAGAAUCCUACUCCUCAUCCAAACCAACCAUCGCCACGUGGGGUGACUCCUCAAUUAUUGGCCCAAAGAAGUCCUCUCCCUGGUGAUGGCAUGAACCCACAGCAUGGUGAGGUGGGACCCAGACCAGCUGGUGUUGGAACUUUCAAUGGUGGGCAUGGUACCACUGGGAAGAAUUAUUCUCAAGCUGUUGCCGGAUUUGGAUCUAGACAAGACAUUGAGAGUGCUGUAACGACUCAGCCCUCAAGCACUCAUCAAACAGGUCAGGAUACCUCGGCAACCAAGAACAGCAAAGGUACAUCUCAGACCAAAGAAGACUCUGCUGAGUGCCCGAUAUGUCUCUCUGGCUUCAAAGACCCUGUGAAGACCCUGUGUGGCCAUUCUUUUUGUCGAGGCUGCAUCAACGAAGCUCUGCAGCACAGCCCUUAUUGCCCAUCCUGCAAGACUGCCCUCCGGAAAAUCGUUGGAAAUCAGCCCAACGGUGGGAAAAUGACAGUAAAGUAUUCCAAAAGCAAGCUACCAGGAUAUUACGAUUGUGGGACCAUUGAGGUACACUAUGAUAUUCGUGAUGGGACUCAAAGCAAGCUCCACCCACAUCCUGGUAGGAAAUUCCAGGGUGCCUACCGGGUAGCCUAUCUACCCAAUAAUUUUGAGGGCAAUGAAGUACUGCAGCUGCUCAAAAGGGCAUUUGAUGCCCGACUUAUCUUCACAGUGGGCACCUCUAUAACCAGUGGACAGAAUGAUGUGGUGACUUGGAACGACAUUCACCACAAGACAAGCACUCAUGGAGGACCGUACGGCUACCCUGACCCCACUUACCUUGCGAGGGUGAAAGCUGACUUGGCUGCCAAAGGCAUUGUAACUGUUGACAGUACUGCUGUUUAAUUAUAGUGAUAAUAAUUAUCAUGUUAUAUUGAACUUUUUUUGCCUUUAUGAUUUCUGUGAUUUCAAUCGUGUGUUGCUGCAGUAUUGUUGAGAAGGUC